UCAACUUCAUUCGUAGUACAAAGGCAAUUGCUAUUAUGGAAAUUGUUGUUUCAAUUGCUGCGAAAAUAGUGAAGUAUACAGUGGAACCCAUCGUUCGACAUUUGGGUUAUACAUUUCGCUACACAAACAAUGUGGAUAAUCUCAAAACUCAAAUGCAAGAUUUGAAGGUUGCCAAAGAAAGACUGCAACAUCGUGUCAAUGCAGCGAUAAAUAAUUGUCAAGAAAUUGAAGCUGAUGUUCAAAACUGGCUGACGAGCGUUGAACAAAUCUCUGAAAGGGCUGACACAUUUCUUAACCAAGAAGACCAUGCAAAGGUUGUGUGCUCUUAUUGUGGAUCCGCUUUGCAUUUGGUGACACGACAUCAAUUGAGUAGGAAAGCAAAGAAGAUGUCAAUCGACGUGCGCGAAGUCUAUGAGAAAAACAAUUUUGAUUCGAUGCAGAUUUCUUAUCAUCCUCAUUUGGAAAGAUCAUUUGUAGUAACCAAAGGAUACGAGACUUUUGAUUCAAGGAAAGGAAUUUUAAAGGAAAUAAUGGUGGCUAUGAGAGAUGCUAACAGGAUCCGGAUAGGAUUGUAUGGAAUGGGUGGAAUUGGCAAAACUAUGCUUGCCAAAGAAAUUGCCAGACAAGUUGAGGAAGAGAAGUUAUUUAGUAAGGUGGUUAUGACAACUAUUUCUCAGAAACCUAAUAUAAAAGAAAUUCAACAAGAUAUUGCUGGAAAGCUACAUCUAAGGUUCAACGAAACAGAUAGUAUGGACAUAAGAGCAUAUCUACUUCAAAAGAGAUUGAAGCAAGAAAGUGGAAUUCUAUUAAUCCUUGAUGACAUUUGGAAGGAACUUGAUCUAGAUGUCGUUGGAAUCCAUGAUGAGUGCAAGAUGCUACUAACCUCUAGAUAUCUACACGUUUUACGCAGCUCCAUGAGUAUUGUUGAGAGUAAUAUUUUCUCAAUUAAAGCUCUAGACUUCGGGGAAGCUAUAAGUUUGUUUACGAAAAUCAUUGGAGAAAUAGUUGAAAAGCCAGAUUACAAUGAUUUGGCACAAAAGAUUGUUGGGGAAUGUGCAGGCCUGCCAGUUUCCAUUGUUACAGUGGCACAUGCUUUAAAAUGCAAUAUGGAAUUGUACAGAUGGGCGGAUGCAUUGCAACGACUACAAAGUUCAAACUUCACAGGGAUUGAUGGAAUGCAUGAUAAAGUUUAUGCAAGUAUCAGGUUGAGUUACGAUUUUCUUGGAAGUCAUGAAGGGGAGGCCAAAUCAUUGUUAUUACUUUGUGCUUUACAUAAAGAAGAUGCGGAAAUAGAAGUGGAAGUCUUGAUGAGAUACAGUGUGGGUUGCCGCUUGCUUCAAGGCAUCUAUACAGUGAAUGAAGCAAGAAAUAGGGUGAAUUCAUUGGUUGAUAAACUUAAAUCUCAUUGUCUGUUGUUGGAUGGUAGGAGUAAAAGUUAUGUGAAGAUGCACGAUGUUAUUCGCGAUGUUUGCAUAUUAAUUGCGAAGGAAGAUGAGCAAAGGAUGAAUAGCAUUACUAGUGCUACUAUGUAUGAGGAAUUUGUUUUGCAUGAAAGACAUAAAGCAUCUAAUGCAGUUUCCUUUCUUGACUAUGAUGAUUUAAAUGAGCUUCCUAAAAAAUUGGAAUGUCCUAGGUUGAAGUUGCUUCUUUUACCUGGUUGCUAUUUGCAAUCAAUUCCAGAUGAAUUUUUUGAACAAACUAAGCAACUUGAAGCUUUGGGUAUGAAUGAUACAUAUCUAACUGGGCAACUUGAAGCAUUGGGUGUGAAUGGUACAUAUCUAAAAUCAUUACCGUCAUCCUUUCAUUUUCUUCAAUGUCUCCAAACAUUAUGUCUACGUAAUUGCUCUAACCUGAAUGACAUAGCAGUGAUUGGCGAGUUAAAGAAUUUAAAAGUUCUUGAUCUUUCCUCAUCUUCCAUUAAGUUGUUGCCAAAAGAAAUAGGAGAAUUGCGGCGUUUGCAACUGCUAGAUCUACGAGAAUGUGAUAAUUUAAAAGUCAUCAAGCCGAAUGUCAUUUCAAAUUUGACACAAAUGGAAGAACUCUAUAUGCCGAAAGAGUUUGAGGGAUGGGAAAAUGAAGAAGGCAGAAUGAAAGAAAGAAGAAAUGCCAGUCUUAUUGAGAUAAAGAGUUUGCAACGGCUGGUAGUUUUAUAUUUAUCUGUCCCAAGUGAAUAUGUUUUGCCACAAGGGUUGUUCACUAAAACAUUGGAGAGAUAUCGAGUUUCUAUUGGAGGUACAUACGUCAUGCAUUAUGAAAAUGAAAUAUCAAGGUGGUUGCACCUAAAUCUCUCUCAAAUGAAUGAAAUAAAUGCAUCUGGACUUGAAUCGUUGGUGAAAGGGUCUGAGUAUUUAUCAUUAGAGAGAUUAAUGGAUGUCAACAAUGUUGCUCCAUCUUUGGAUAAAGAUGGUUUUCCUAGAUUGAAGCAUCUGAUCCUUAUUCAGUUAACAAGUUUGGAAAGGAUAUGUCAUGGCGGGAAACUCCCAACAGGCUGGUUCAAUGAAUUGAGAAAGGUGCAAGUGAGGUCUUGUGGCAAAUUAAAAAAUUUGUUCCCUUUGUUUGUUACCAAACUACUUCAUGAGAUUAUAGUAGAAGAAUGUGAGAUGAUGGAAGAGAUAGUCAGCCAUGGGGGAGAAAAUGAAGGUGAUGAUGAAGCUACCCAUAACAUUGAUGAGUCUUUGCAGUUACGCUCCUUGUCUCUUCAUUCUUUACCAAACAUUGUCCAAUUCUAUUGCUCCAAGCUGAAGACAACUGGCGAGUCUUCACUAACUUUAUUCAGUGAAACGGUUUCUUUCUCUAACUUAGAGCAAUUGACUAUGUCGAGAAUGAAUAUAGAAAGGCUAUGGCCAGAACAACUUCUAUCAAGUUCUUACAUGCAAAACUUAACAAACUUAGAAGUUCAAAGCUGCAAUAGUUUGAAGUAUAUGUUCUCUUUUACUGUUGCUCAAACGUUUGUAAACCUAAAAAGUUUAAAAGUUAGUGAUUGUAAGGCAAUGGAAGUGAUAGGAGUGAAACUUGGAGAAGAAGAAACUCAGUUGGAAAUGAGUAUGUUCCCUAAAUUAGAGUACCUUGAGCUUGUUGAGCUUUCAGCCCUCCAAAGAUUUUGUGCAACAAAUUCUCGUGUAGAAGAACUCAAGACACUUGUUAGCUCUCCCGCUGUACCAAUACAAGUAUCGGUUGACCAUAGGGAAGUGAAUAUACUUGUAUCAACUGAACCUUUCUUCAAUGAAAAGGUUUCUCUCCUUAUCUUGAAGCAACUGAUUUUGAAGAAAUUAAAUGUAGAAACAUUAUGGCCAGGCCAACAACUUUUGUCAAAUCCUUACCUACAGAACUUAACAUCCUUAGAAGUACUAAGCUGCAACAGAAUAAAAUAUAUGUUUUGUUUUGCUAUGGCUGAAAGGCUUGUGAACUUGAAGAAUCUAUGGAUAGAGGAUUGUGUGGCUAUGGAAUGCAUUCUCAAAGGUAGGAAACUACGAGAAGAAAGAAGUUCGCUAGAGAUAGAGAGUAAUACUUUGUUCGCCAAACUAGAAACUCUUAACCUCUCCCAACUUCCAGUUUUUAAAACAUUUUGCUUAGAAGAUUCAUGCAUCAAACAAGUAUCAGUUGGUGACAAUGAAGGGAAGAUUGUACCAAAACAACACCUCUUCAAUGGAAUGAUUGUAUUUCCCAACUUAAAAGAGUUGACUAUCUUUAGAUGUAACAAUAUCAAGUAUCUUUUAUCAUCUGCCAUGGCUCGAAGUCUUGUACAACUCAAGACAUUAGAUGUAUAUGGAUGUGAGAACAUAGAAGAGGUAAUAGUCAUUGAUGAGGAAUCAGAUGGUGGAAGCAAGGCAAUAAUAUUUGAAAAACUAGAGUCUCUUCAGCUUAAAGAUCUUCCAAACGUUAUAAAGUUUUGUGAAGGAGAUGGCAUUGAAUGUCCAUUGUUGUCUGAACUGUAUAUACGAGAUUGUCCUAAACUGAAGCAAUUUAUAAGUAAUUCCAUGGGUAAUAGUGCAUGUAUUGCUAGUGAAGAAAUGGACAUCGUGGUAGCAUCUAAACAAAGUAUCUUCCAAGACAAGGUAAUUUUUCCUAACCUAAAGUAUUUGCACACUGAUUGGAGUGAAGCAAUAAAGGAGAUAUUUGAGAUCAUGAGUAGUCAAUCUUCUUCAAUAAUCUCCACAUUUCCCAACCUUUCUGAACUUAACGUAAACUACAUAUCUUGUGAUAACCCAAUUGCUCUAUCAGAUGUCAAGUCAUUCCUUCACAAAUAUCAAAAUAUUCAUACACUUACAUUAGAAGGUUUUUUUGUGGAUGGACAUCGACAACAACGACAACCUGGUGAUGAAUUGAUCAAUAAUACAAGUUUGAUGAAACUAAGUAUUGAGAAUGCAUAUAUGCUGAAUCAUGUAUUUGGGAACCCAGAAUAUGCUCAACCAUCACAUAUUAUUCUCUUUCAAAAUUUAAAAUCUCUGUAUACAUACAGAUGUAACAGAUUACAGAGCUUUGCACCUUCGUUUAUGUCUUUCCACAAAUUGGAAACUCUGAUAGUAUCAGAUUGCGAUGGGCUGACAUAUUUAUUCUCCUCUUCAACAGCAGCCACUCUGGUACAAUUGAAACAGAUAAAGGUUACUAAUUGUAAAAGGAUGAGAGAGGUUAUUAAUGGGGAUUAUUAUAAUCAUGAUGAGAAAGGCCAAAUAGAAGCAGAGACUGAACACCAUCACUUUGUUUUCAAGAGACUGGAGACAUUAGAUCUUGAGGAUUUACCAAGUCUCGAAAGCUUCUACUCAGGAAAUAAAGUUAUGAGCUUCCCAAAUUUGGAAGAAUUAACUGUGAGGGGAUGUCUUGGUAUGAUGAGUUUUUCACAUGGAAUUAUAAGUACCUCAGCAUUAUUUAAUACAAUCAAAAUUUUUGAUGGUAUAGCAAAUUGGGAGGGAGAUGUUAACACCACUGUAAGAAAACAUUGGGAGGACAAUUCCAAUUUGGGAUUACGACGUCUAUUCUCUCAUGAAACGAUACUCACUCAACUCAUGAUAUAUAUGGUUGGUCUUUCUUUUGUUGCAGUGUCCCUUAUAGCUUCCAUCUUCUUUCCAAAGCUGGUAAUUACAGAAGAUGGUUUGCUCCUUUUGUCUGGAAACUUAUGA